CAGCCUUACAGUUUUCAAGCGGAGGUUGGAUUCCCUGGGAGGCUGCCUGGCGCGUGGCCCUCCCAGGCGGUUUCCCACGCCUGCUCAAUGUGGUGCAAUGGGACGGGACACUCCUCCAAGAGCUCCAGCACCUCACGAGGCAGCCCCCUGGCUUUACCCCGAGUACCUGAACAGCCCCAAGGCAGUCACAUCAGGGCUGGUGGGUGGAGGUGACCUUCCUCCACACCUGCAUAAAGCACACCCCGCACGCGUAGAGUGUGCGCUGCAGGCCCUGCUUGAUGUUAAUCAGUGGGACCUGGAAGGUGGGGAUGAAAUCUUGAUAUUUGGCCAAUCUUAUUACCAAAAAGAUGCAUUAAAGAUGAUUAUGAACUGCUAUCACUGCCAACUCCAGUCUCAAAGUACAGGGCCUGGAAGAAAAAAAGCUCCGAGAAGGUGCCAGCCCCGGGUGGCCUGGUCUAGCGAUCCCCCAAGACAGUCUGGCAAGCAGCAACCACAAGUCCCUGGAUACACUUCAACCCAUAACAGUAACCUCGAAAAUAUCGCAACUGUGACAGUGAGUGUUUCCACUGCAUUUGGAAGUGGGGCUUUCUCUUUGUCCUGAACACAUUCUUCAUUCCUGGAUUCCCUAAUUGUCUUCAGGAUCACUGUCCCCUCCCAAGUGGACUGCUUGCAUUUACCGUGAAAAAAAAAAAGAGGGCUCAGUGCUUAUGAGCAUGUG